CGGGAAUCCUAAUCAUGAUUCAUGAUUGACUAGAAGCUACUCGCGCUUGGACCAGCCCCAACAUGCACGCCGAAGAUCGCUCAGACCCAAAGUGUCGGAGUACUGCGGAACAGUUUAGCUUGAGUGCCGAUAAUCUCCGAUGAUUGACGUGAAGUCACGCCUGCCAUCGUCACUCGCGCUACGACCUCCGACACGAAGAAGCCAUGACUUCCCAGAACGGUACCUCCACUCACCAGCCACCCUCAACCUCAACCUCCGCCCUCCCUUCAUCGGCAUCGGCAACCUCCUCCAUCCGCAGCGCUAGUACCAACACAGUAUCGAACCUCUCCUACGCAGCACAGAACCUCGCUACUGCCGCAUCGUCCUCACUUCUGACACCCUCCUCCAACCCCUCGGUCUCUCGCCCCGAAUCCAAUUCGUCUACAUCUUCUCAACAACAGAAUGGGACCGGAUUCCGCGUUCCGGCGCACAAGCACGCGCAUCAUCUCCACUCCAUACCACCUCGAGAGAAGAGCACGCGGACACUGAUCGUGGACCAUAUGCUUUGGGUGCACGGUCGCACACGCUUCUCGCAAGCGCGCGCUGAACUCGGAAUGACCGACCGCACAGGCGGCCCCCUUUCACCACACUAUGCACACCGUCUACGGCCCGAGACAUAUGAGGAAUCAGAGGAUAUGGGUUCCGAUGGGGAGGAUGCGGUAACGCUCAAAGCGCGCGCAGGCGACCCGGGGCGCCCGCACAACGACGACGAGGACGAGCGGCUGCGGGCUCAGGAUCUGGGGUUAGCGCGCGGUUUGAGGGUGCGCGCAGAGGCAGUGGAGCGGGUGAUUACAAGUAUGCUGGAGCAGAUGCCGAAAGAGGGUGAGGGCCGGAGAGUCGACGAAGAAGAAGAUUCUGGAACGCCACCAACAUCCCCUAGAAUCUUCCCAAGCACGCAGACGCCUGGACCACAUGUGCUGCCGAACGGAGUGCGGUUGCGACUUUUGCUCGGAACGAUGAUCAACGACCUAUUCGCACGGCAAGCGCCCGUUCAGUCCCACCGACAUCGACGGAUGUCCAUCUCCUCUCCAGCCGCGCAAACUGUCUCGCUUGUCGCGCUUCCUCCGGCGCUAUCGUCCUUGAGCAACGUUUCUGGAUCGUACCCUGAGCAACCCGACAUCCAGCCCUGGACGGCGCCAUCGUCGAGCCUACGUCCUGGCCCUGGUCCUCUGUAUCCUGUGCAACCACGGACACCACCAGCCCCCAGUGCACGAGUGCGCACGCUGUACAACGCAGGUGCAGACCCUAGCACGGCUAACGCUCCACCAGCCUUCCGCUGUCCGCGGCAUCUGCACACGGGCUGCGAGAUCUGUGUCGAAGCCAAGGCGAGUGUCCGGGUAUCUACGAAGCGCGGUGCCGAGCUGGGGAGUACCAAGGCGACCCAAUACUGGAAGGCGAUGCCCGGGGGACUGGCGCCCGAGGGCGGAGGGAUCAGUGGCUGGCUGGACGGUAGCGGAAUCGGCUCCGGUUUGACCAGGGCAGCUAGGACGGGAACGGUGCUCAGGAGAGGGAUGCACGUCAUCCAUGACGAUGGGUGCGGGGUGGGCAACACCAAGCUGUCGGAACUGAUCCCGCGGUUUUUGAGGCUGAGCGCGAUGGUCGCUGCAGAGAUGGGGAGAGAGGCGAGGGGUGAAGAAGAAGAGCCUGCUGCCGUGGACGACAACGAGAAUGAAAACAAUGACCUGGCGGAUGCCGAUGGGGACUUUACGUCGCCAGAGAUGGUGACAGACAGAAUGGACUGGCAAGGGCCACCAGAGAUGGAACCGCUUCCGCCCCCUGCGUCCCCGAUUGCAACUCCGCAUAUCUACAACUCCGCACUCCUGCCAUCGAGAGAAUGGUAUCUGCUACUGGCAGGGCUGCUUACAAGAGCAGUUCUGGAGGGCUAUUUGACGGCCGGAUGGCGCGGCCCUGAUGCUGUUGACUGUCUUCUUAAAGUCGGUUUGGGAAUGCAUCCACCGCUAACAGAACCCAAGGAUGAUUUCGCGGAAUUCAAUCCUGACGAGCUGCCGAGUUUGCCGGAUGCGGUGAAGAUGCUGUUCCCUACGCUCCGGAAUCCGAUGGGAAACAAAGGUCUAGCUGAGGAAGAGUUCGAGAUGGAGAUGGAGACACGGCUGAGGAGGUUCUACGAUAUCCCGCCAUCAACACCAGACCUGUCGACUCACAUGGAGGACCUCGCUUGGCAGUAUCCCGCCGAACCAGUCGAGCGUGCGGCUGUCAGAUUUUGCGAGGCGAUCGAGAAGUGGAGGGGGAAACCCGAGUUAGAGACGUACAAGAAAAAGGGGCACAGUGUGACUGCUGGCCCUGUCCGCAGUACACGCAAACCCUCGAUCGACGUGUAUUUUACCCAACCCUUUCGCUGGGUUUCCAAUAAGCGGCGGAGGGAGGAAGAUGGCGAGGAGGUGCCCGCCGCAAAAGUACCCAAAGUGAAUGGUGUUCAUGUAGUGUAAAUGUAAAUAGUCCAUGAGUGUCUACUGUUGCAGUGUUAUGGCCUGCUCAGUCCAGUCCCACAAGCGGCCUGCUAACUCGGCGUCCCUUGACACCUUUGUUUGUGCACCAGGGACACCGAUGGGAUCGUAUUUCUCUCCGUUGACGAUCUCGGCCCCAUUCACAUCUUUGCUCGCGGUGCCAGCCCAAAGCUGAGUCGACCCUAACAAGCGCACAAGCGCGUUCUGCUGCGCCAACAUCGCGGUCUGCACGACGCCAGGGAUGUUCGCCAACUUGCUCUGCGCAUAGCGCCACUCGCGCUCGAGCAGCCCUCCCUGCGGCGUACGCAGGGUGUCGAACGAAAUUCCGCCGCGCGGGUGCAUCCCGAACGCAGCGGAUGAGGUGAUCACCACGCGUGGUGCGGCGGCGCGCAGCAGGCUGGGCAGAAGCAUCUUGAUGAGAAGCGCGUGCGCGAGGUGGUUGACGGCCAUGUGCAUUUCAUACCCGUCGACGGAUACCGCGGGCGGUACACUCAUCACGCCUGCGAUGCAGAACACGAUAUCUAUUGUGUCGGAUGCGUCGGUGAUGCGCGUGGCGGCUGCGCGGACGGAGGCUUGGGAGGAAUGGUCGCAUUCGAGGAAAGUGACGAUUGUCUCGGCGGACAGUUCGGCGACAAUCUUUUCUCCCUGUGUCCUAGAACGGCCAGUGAAGUAGAUCUGCUUUGGAUGGUGUUUCACGAGCUCGCAGAUGACGGCGUGGCCGAUUCCAGCAGUUCCUGGAGAUCUAGGUCAGGGAUCUCUGUGUCGGGAUUGUACCAAUUAAGCUGCAUGGUGACGCAGACUUAUAAAGCAGGUAGAUUCAGGGCCAUCAUCGGGUGAGAGAGGGUACGUUGCGAUUUCUUGAGCCUGGUGCCGGUUCCUACGUAGUACGCGUCGUCAUCCCCGCCCUUGGCUUGCCGACGCGAGGGGUGUCACUUGGAACGACAAAUCCCAUCUGAUCCACAAUUUUGAUGGGCAGUCACGCGGAGUGACGCAUCCGAAUCUUUGAUGCACGAAUCCUGAACACCAUAACUUGGGAUUCAAGAGAGAAAAUCUGGGAGUGUAAAAAGUCUCAUUCAGAGGGCCUCUAGACCAUGACCCUGCAAAAAUUUACCAUCCUUGUCCUUCGGUGAGGCUAAGAUUCCAUGAGCCAUUGACUGCAACAUGACGGUACUUGAUUUGCUCACCUGGAUCGUCCUGGCGCUUGAGGAAAUGCAUUCAAGAGAGCUUAAUGUCUACGAUGUGGCGUGCACGUGGCCGGCCAAGAGCUGCAGCCAAUGACUGAUCACAUCUACUUAAAGACUCGAUCCACCACUCGUCAUUCAGAGACUGUUCAGCAAAAGCUUGAGCAUCAUCCGGGUCUCACUCUAUCGCAAUUCUGCCGCAUUUUCAAAUGCCGAACGCGCGAAUUAUAAAUGCCGAACGCACAAAUCAUCCACAUGUGCAUGAAACACGCGUUUCGUCGAUAAUGACGUGAAGUCCACGUGUCAAGUAUCGAAGGCUCACGUGCAAGAUCUCCGCUAUCGCAAUUUAACUUGCUGUGUUUUUCUCGGUCCCAGCAUCUCUCUUUGAUGCUUGCACGGACUUCUAUUACGCGGAAUGCAACUCCCGAAAAUGCACGCUGACAGCUGCGACCUAACGUGCAAGCUCGGCGGCAGUAGGAUGUUC